AUGGCCCCCAAGCACCACCACGACGAGUUCGAGAGCAAUCAGUUCCUCGGUAAAGAGAUCAAGUACUUUUCCCAGGCUGGUUUCGACCUGGAUCGAAUUCACAUCAAGCGCAAUGCCCCCGUGGCCGCUCUCUACGAAGAUGCGAUGAUGAAUGAAGGCGCCGUUAUCUCUUCCAGCGGUGCUCUCAUCAACUUUUCCGGCAAGAAGACCGGGCGUAGUCCCAAGGACAAGCGUAUCGUGUACGAAGAAACGAGUAAAGAUGACAUUUGGUGGGGUCCCGUGAACAUCAAGAUGGACGAGCACACUUUCGAGAUCAACCGAGAACGAGCCAUCGACUACCUCAACACCAGAGAUAACGUCUACGUCUUUGAUGGCUUCGCCGGGUGGGAUCCCAAGUACAGGAUUAAGGUCCGAGUUAUCGCUUCCCGGGCUUACCACGCCCUUUUCAUGCACAACAUGCUCAUCCGCCCCACUCCCGAAGAACUCGAAAACUUUGGCGAGCCCGACUUUAUCAUCUAUAACGCCGGCCAGUUCCCCGCGAACCGAUUUACUACCGGCAUGACCUCCACCACUUCCGUUGAAGUCAACUUCAAGCGUAUGGAGAUGGUCAUCCUCGGUACCGAGUACGCCGGCGAGAUGAAGAAGGGUAUCUUCUCCGUCAUGCACUACCUCCAGCCCGUCAAGUUUGGUCAGCUCUCCUUGCAUUCUUCGGCCAACCAGGCUAUCAGUGACAAGGGUGAUGUAACGCUGUUCUUUGGCUUGAGUGGUACAGGAAAGACGACCUUGUCGGCCGAUGCCAAUAGGUUGUUGAUUGGUGAUGACGAGCAUGUGUGGAGUGACACUGGUGUGUUCAACAUUGAAGGUGGUUGUUACGCCAAGUGCAUCAACCUCUCUGCUGAGAAGGAACCCGAAAUCUUCAACGCCAUCAAGUUCGGCUCCAUCCUCGAGAACGUCGUCUACAACCCCGCCGACCGUAAACCCGACUACGACGACGUGUCCAUCACCGAAAACACCCGUUGCGCCUACCCCAUCGAAUACAUCCCCAACGCCAAAAUCCCCUGUAUCGCCGACCAACAGCCGAGCAACAUCAUCAUGCUCACUUGCGAUGCUUUCGGUGUCUUGCCUCCUGUAUCCCGCCUGACGGCCGAGCAGGCGCAGUACCACUUUGUCGCCGGGUACACGUCAAAGACACCAGGUACCGAAGACGGUAUCGUCGAGCCUUCUCCCACCUUCUCCACAUGUUACGGCCAGCCGUUCAUCGUCCUCCACCCUGGUCGUUACGCCAAGAUGCUCGCCGAGCGCAUGGAGAAGAACAAGGUCAACUGCUGGUUGAUUAACACUGGCUGGACUGGGGGCAAGUUUGGUACCGGCAAGCGAUGUCCUCUCAAGUACACCCGAGCCAUCGUGGAUGCUAUCCACAACGGCAAGCUCGCGCAGGCAGAGUACGAAAACUUCCCCAUCUUCAACCUCGCCAUCCCCAAGGCUGUUGAAGGUGUCCCCAGCGAUAUCCUUAACCCGGCGAAGGUCUGGCCGAGUAAGGAAGAGUUCAACUCGGAAGUGGAGAAGCUUGGAGGGAUGUUCCAGAAGGCGUUCGCCAAGUACGAGGCGGAUAUCGAGGAAAAGGUCAAGCUUUCAGGUCCUGUCUUUGCUUGA